UCAAGUAGCGGCAUGCAACUGCAGCGAAGAUUUGAACGGGAGUGUGUAUUGUAUGUAUUCUCGUUCUCAAUUUAUGUGAUUAUUCAGUAGUAUUGCUUUACAGUGAGUGUAUGCAAGGAGGUGGAAAAUGACAUACUUCCAAAGGCUUGACUGUGCAGAACAACUCGAAGAACAGCUCCAGAAGUUACACCAAAUAUGGGAUGAAAUAGGUUAUGGCGAGGAAGAUAAAGUGUCCAGGGAAAAACAAGUAAAGAAACAUCUUCUGCACAUGUUUGAAGAUAUGGUUUUAGAAGAAGAUAAUGCCAAGGAGCAAAUUAUCAAGUCCAUUGAAGAUCUUUUAAAAGAGGCAGAACAGUUGGGUUCGGAAAUUGGAGUAAAAAUUCCUGUUGAUAACAAUGAAUAUGAAAUGCUUCCACUGUGUCAAGUUGAGGAAGAUCUAACAAAAAAAGUCUCUGAAUACAGGGAAUUGAAGCAAGAGAGGUUGUCAUAUUAUGCCAAGCUCAGGGCAAAGGAAAAAGAAUUGUGUGAGCGUUUGGGUCUAGAAGAUGUUUACGAAAUACCAAAUGCUGUACCUUCAGAGGAGCAGCUAUCUCAGUUUGAAGUGUAUAUUAAAUUUAAAGCUGAUGAAAAGGAUCGACUCGCCAAUUUUUUCUACCAAACAAGGUCAAGUAUAAUGGAAAUAAUGAGGGAGCUGGAAAUGACUCCUUUAUUGGAUUUUGAGAAGAAAGUAGUAUGUGAAGAUGAAGAUUCAUUUAAGCUAUCAAAAGAGAAUAUAGCUAAACUAAAAGAAUUGCAUAACGCCCUGGUUCAGAAGCUAGAAGACACAAAGGCCUUGUCAAUGGAACUUCGGGAGAAACUCUGCAAAUUAUGGGACCGGCUUCAUGAGAGCUUUGAUGCACGGACUGCAUUUCUUGAUGCACAUAGUGGCUAUUCAGUCAAAACUAUAGAAGCUCUCAAAACUGAAAUAACACGUUGCGAGGAAAAAAAGCGACAGAACAUAAAGAUUUUUGUGGAGAAUAUUAGGCAAGAAAUUCAGAACCUCUGGGACAAAUGUUGCUUUGGUGAAACUCAAAGGCGCAAGUUCAUACCUUAUUUUUCUGACUGUUAUACAGAGGAUUUACUUGGAUUGCAUGAACUUGAAAUAGAAAGAUUAAAAAAGUUUUAUGAGACAAACAAGCCUUUGUUUCAGUUAAUGGAGAGGCGUCAAAAACUUUGGGAGAAAAUGAUUGCCUUGGAAAGUAAAGCUAAUGAUAGAGAUCGUUUGUUUAACAACCGUGGAGGUCAGUUACUUCGGGAAGAGAAGGAAAGAAAAGUUAUACAGAAGGAAUUACCAAAAAUAGAAGAGGAAAUUUCACACCUGGUGAAGAGUUAUGAAGAAACAAACCAUGAACCAUUUUUAUUCUAUGAUCAGAAGCUGUCCUCUCUCAUUGAAGACCAAUGGAAUAAACAUCAAGAGGAGAAGAAAAUUGCAAGAAAAACACGGGGUGCAGAGACAGAAUUCAGGCCACCAAUCAAAAGGAAAGCUGGUGUGGCAACUUGCUCUUCAAGUUCAAAAGUGACUCCAAUAAUAAACAGAAGCAAAAACAUAAAGGUGACUCGAACUCUCUUUCCUCUUACGGAGAAUGGUCAUCUACAGAAUACUGGUACUACUCACACCCUGAAAAGCCAACCAAGUGUCAUGCACAUGCAUGACGAGAGCAUUGCUUCUACAACAUACGCUGACUUUGAGAGGUCACUUAUUGAGAAGAACUCUAUGCAAGACAUAUGAUUCUUUAUAACUGGAUGUAGUGUAAUGUGUUGUACUGUUUUAAGUGUUGAUUUUAAUUUGUAUUUUGGUUUUAACAAAGAAAAUGGAUGUAAGAUACAUAAAUAUUUAAAGACUGCAGACCAGUUUAGCAGAUUUUAUUAUAACCUCUAUGUGUUAACUACAGUAAUAAGGUAAACUACUAGCCUAAAGAGACCACAGCUUAAUAGGUAGUGUAUGUAUAUUUUGCUUUAUGCAGUGGAAUGAUAUUUUAUAAGUACUUUUUUAAAAAAAAUUCUAUUUCAUAUUUCUAAUUUCUGUUUUAUACAUACUUAAAUUUAAACUUCUUGAGUACAAACCUUGUUUUGUCAAGACGUUCACUUUAUUGCAUCACACUGUUGGAAAAUGUUUACCCUGGAUAAUACUAUUUCCCUCAUAAUUUCCACCCCUUUCUUUUUCUUCUUUCACUCCCACCAAAUGGCUCAUAUCAUUGAGUUAGUUUAUUUAUUAUUUAUUUAUCCAAGGAUCAUCUCACAAUGAUACAGCAUUUGUCAUCUCUUUGCAAGGAGAAUAAAUAGUUGAAAGUAUAUACACACACAGAAUUAUAAGUUCGCUUCUAUGCAGAUAGGAGCGGUGACUGGCUACUUGUGGUUGUAGAGUGACAAAGAAACCAUCCUAGUGUUUUCCUUAAAUAAUUGAGGAAAGUCUAAAUCAUUAUCGCCAGUGUAUUGACAAGUGCACUGCCUCAUUCGGUUGGUCCUUAUUUUACAAUGUCCUUUGAUCUAAACACACAGUUUUUCACCUUCAUUGCUGCACACACUAAGUACAACUAUUCAUUACUUGUGGACAACAAACCUGCUGCUAUCCCCCUUGCCCUAACUGCAGCCCAUCUGGGAAACAGACUUCAGGCCUGAAAAUGUGCAACUAUGCCCCAUACACUUCAGUGUCCUCUCCUCAUUCUACCUGAAAAACUGAGUCACCAUCUCCCAUCACGAGUGAGAUGGUGAGCUCAGGAUAAUGACAAGACAUUGCUAUCACGCACUAUAAAUAUUGAUAAUUUUCUUGAAGCGUCACAUUGUGACCAUGUUUUGUAAUGUGUCACGCUGUUGUGGUUAUCCCCUGUUAUUAUUGACAACUAUGUGAAUUUUGCCUUCUUUAUUUCUUCAUUGAUAGUCCUCAGUGUUGACAGUGCAUUGUUACACUGGCUGGAAAAAUGGGGAGUGUAAGUUCAAUGCUGACUACUGUAAAUGAUGUUGCAGACAGUUGCACAGUUCUUCACUUUCACAGUUCACAACCUCCCAUUUUUACACACUUAUAUGGCCAGUUCACUAUUGGUAAACAUUAAUAAGCCUCCUGAGUAGUUUGCAGGCAAAUGUCAGCAUACUAUUACGAUAGUUUGCUGUUGAACACCUGUGAGCAGUAAAAACCUAACUUCACAUUUCUUGCAGAAUAUAGUCAUGUGACACAAUUUCUCAAAUAAAUUUGAACAGACAUUGUCAUUGUUUUAACACAUGGCCUAUUUGUGUUGCACUUAUACUACUGUUACAUUAAUGCAUUGUUGUUACUUUAUCUAAUACAUAAUUCCUGUCUGAAAAACAGCCAUGGACUGACGAUCUCGGGACAAAAAAUCCGUCCUGUAUAUAUAUCUUCACAAUUAUAGACAGUGAAACUAUACACUGUUCGAAGCUUUAAAGUUAUAGAAAUUACAAUUAAAACAUAACUCAUUCAGUUAACUGAAUACAUCAAAAAUUCCUCCUUUUUUAAUAGUUCCUUCUACUACAAAGGUCAUGCCAAAUUAUUUUUUUAAAUAAUGAAAUUAACAGAUGUAGUUAUACAAACCAUACUUUUGACAAAUCUGGUAAUUAUUUUGGAAUUAAUUAAGUGCUAGCUUUGCUAACAUGUUUCCGGAUAGAGCCAAAUAAAUACUUUAAGAAUCCUAGUAGUUCAUCUUCCUAAUUCUUAUAAUUAGUACAGAAUUUGUAUUUGUUUAUAAGUCUACAAUAAAUAUAAGUAAUGAAACAAUUAUUGAUUUCGCCCUAUAACAAAGGUAUUAACUAGGAAUGAUCAAAAUAAAUUAGGAAAUUAAUUAUAUUCAAAAAAUUAAGAACAAAAUUAGACCCGGCGCUAUAUUUCUUAAGACUGAGCGCCAACCUUUCUCUUUUAUGGAAAUGCAGUUUCAGUCAUCCAUGUUAAAGGUAAUUAGGCAAAAACUGAAAAUAAAAUUAAUUUAAGGAGGCAGAUGGCAAGACAAGAGAGGAACUAAAGAGAUCCCAGAUUGCUUCGUCACAGCUAAUUGUGGAGUCCUCUGAGUAAUGUUUAAUUGUUUAGUAUGCACUAGUUGCUUUCUUUGAACAAAUGUAUUUUAGUAAUUUUUAUUCAUCACAUUGUUAUAUGGUUUUAUUUCCUGUUAAAAAUGCUGUUUUGAAGU